AUGCAAAAGAUGAAGGAGAAGUUUGGAGUUCCAAACCUUGACUGCGAAGGUUGCGCUGCAAAGAUAAAGAAAGCUCUCUUCAAGCUUGAAGGAGUGGAAGAGGUAGAGGUAGAGAUGGAGAUCCAGAAAAUUACAGUGAGAGGUUAUGGAGUGGAGGAGAAGAAGGUGCUCAAGGCUUUGAAACGAGCAGGGAAAGUAGCAGAGCCAUGGCCAUUUCCUAGUUACUCUCACUAUGCCUCAUUUCAUAAGUACCCAACCCACAUUGCCAACCACUACUACGAAUCACCUAGUAAUGGAGCUUGUGCUAGUAUCCAUACAUUCUUUCAUACUCCUUGCACCUGUUCAAUGGCGAUUGCUUCAGAUGAAGCCAUAGCUUCCCUCUCCAAUGAAGAAAACCCCCACGCUUCCACUAUUAUGUGAUCACUUUUUUCUUCUGAAAUGGGUAUUCUGUGAGUUAUAAGGCUAUGCAGAAGUUCCUUCACUGAAUCUAUCUUAAAUUUUAUUUACAUUUUCUUUUUUGGUACUCAA